GCAGCUUGCGACAACAACAUUUUUAAGCUCAUUGCGGCUUUUCAACCAAACACACACACAAAAUUGCUUGAUGAUUUUUUUUUCUGUUUGAAAUUGGAAAGGGAAUUGUAAAACUCAUUGGAAAAAUGUUUAGAAAUAAGUUGAUUGCAUUGGAGCAUCCAUUCGCUGAAACAGCUGACAGUUCAUUUAAAAACGAUCAGGAUUUCGCAAGUACAGUGUUGUGGUUGGAAGAUCAAAAGAUUCGUCAUUAUCGGAUUGAGGAUCGAGACGCGUUGCGCAACAUCGACAAUUAUCCCGAAUGGAAUAAGGCAUUUGAGAAGUAUAAAAAUGACAUUGGUGUGCCAACGUUUGAGACCCGUAUCGAAGAUUUGGAUUGGAUUUUAAGCUAUGCCGUUCGUUUGGAGUACAUGGAUCGAGCGGAUGAUUUCAAAGAUAUUACCGGUGCUCUUGUGACAGAGGCCAAAAAACCAGCCGAUCCAAUGGCCGUUUCGAAAAAUCCCUUCGACUCAAUGGACAUGAACUGUGAAGACUUUGAGCAAGGCGUUCGCCGAUUAGGACGAAUGCUUAACAUUGCACAUCAUCCAGAUCAUCUGAAGGUUUUAGAAGCCGCAUCCCGCAUAAUCGAACGAAAACUUGGCAAAUCCGCCGAACAAAAUACAGGCGACAGCGAUAAAAAGACUGUUGCUUAUUCACUAAAAGACUCCGGUAAAUUCAUCUACAACGAUACCGAUUUAGAUGAAGCCGCCAAAAUAUUACGCUUGCUGCAGGUGCACAGCACGCGAAACCUGCAAACUACCAUCAAUGAAACCAUCGUCAAUGUACAAGAUCUAACAGCAAAUCCAAAAACGGACACUAAACUAGGAAAAGUGGGAUUCUAAAAGAAAAAAAAACGACAAAUUUCGAUUUUCGCUUAAUUUGAUCACAUUUAAUUGUCAUAUUGCUUCUUCUUUUCUUUCUAUUUUUUAUUUACAUUAAAAUUGAGUUUUUUUUUCUUCUCUCUUGGAAAUUUA